AUGGAAGAUAAAGGCAAGGGGAAGAAGGUUGAAGUGAGUCCCAUGAGCAGUAAAUUGAGGUGGGAUACAAUACUUGGGUUCAUAACGAGUUCAGAUGAUGAUGAUGCUUUCUUGAAGAAAUUAACAGAGGAAAAGGAAGAAAGAAAAAGAAAAAAUAAAGAUGAAGAUUACCAAGAUAAACAGAUUCUUGAAUUUAAAAAGAUGGGUUUAAGUUCUCUUGAAGGUGUGCAGUGUUUUGUUCAAAGGGAGAUGCAAAUUGUUGAAAGGGAGAUGAAAAUGGAAACACCAGAUUUAAAUAAACCACCACCAGCAGGAUCAUUACUGAAUGAGGUUGAAGGUAGCUGCAGCAGCAGAACGGUUGAGGAUGAAGAAUUCAUUCCCUGGAAGACCCAUAUUCCAAAAAAGAAAAGAACAAUGCCCAGAGAGGAUGAGGAGGUUUCUAGUUACAUUCAGAAGAAGACCAAUAAUACCUCCUUUCAAUGUCUUCAAGGGAGUUCUUCUACAUCAAUGAAGCAUCAAAAAGUUGAAGAACACCGCGGCGGAGGGGUUCAGACUGCACAGUUGAUUCCUGAUCACAUAAAAGAAGCAAUCGAUGAAGUUCUAUACCAAAGUGACAUUAGAACAAACCAGAAUAGGCUAUCUCUGCCAACUGAUUGUCAUGCCUUGUUAGAUAGCAUCAUGACAGAAGAUGAAAAGAUGAUAUAUGAUGUAUCAUAUAAUAAGAAGGGACUGAAAAAUAGAUUGAUUGAUCCAAUUCCAAGAGUGUGGGAUAUUGAUUUCAAGUACUGGCCUAGUCUUGGAAACAGGGUUUUUACAGGUAACUGGAAUAAAUUGGUUGCCGAAUUGGCAUUAGUUCCUGGAUGUAAGGUGCAAAUCUGGUGUUUCCGUAUACCUGCUGGUCCAGAAAUGAAACUUUGCUUUGCCAUAAACAUUGUGAGACCCCAGCAGAAGCAGCAUCGGAACCAGAACCAGAGAGUUGAAGUACUGUAA